CUUUUACUUGGCAGUCGCAGUUCCAGCGUCGUGUACUAGCGCCUCGAACACGAGCCUGUGCACAAACUGCGGAGCUUGAGAUCGGUGCUUGUCAAAAAUAUUUGUUUAAAUGAACCUUAGCCUAUGCUGACAACGGUGACCCUGCCAGCUCUACUAUUGUCGUAUUCUUGCAUGGAACCUGCGGCAUUGGGAGAGCCAGUCGUAUGUCGUCCUCUCUUCAAGAACUCGGAGUUCAUUAUGUGGCACCGACUCUUCAAGGAUGGGGCAACUCAUCACCUCGUCUGAAGCAUCGACCCUAUGUCGCGACUUUGCUUUCUGAUUUCACCGAGUCGAUAAACCAUCUCCACCCCCACAACGACAAUCUCAGGAUCUACGUUGCAGGAGGGUCAUUUGGCACCGUCCCUGCGCAGAUUUUGUAUGGUUCAUCUUUCGAUACAUUCCCUCUAGGUCGGAAAAUAGUAGGGUGCCUACUUCUAGUACCCUUCUCCCCUUUACGAUUGCACAAGGGCUACGCAAAAAGCAUGAAAUGGCCCAUCUAUCUAUCAAUGGGAGCUCCUUCCCAGAUAGUUCCAUUUGGACUUGUUCCCCGUCUGGCGGCCACUUUGACCAAGUGGCAACUGAAGACCGUGGAUAAAGCUGAGGCCUUCAUCCGGAGUAAUCUGUUCGACAAGGCUAGCGAGCAAGAACGAGAGGCUUUUUUGAAAUGGAGGGAUUCAGAAGGGGUGCCAGAAGGGCAGUUAGAGCGGGAGACGGCUGAGGACGCGGUCGCUAGCAUGUCGAAGACAUCGGCGGGAUUCAUGGAAAUGUCUGAUGUUCUCUCUUCAGACUGGGGUUUCCGCCCUGAUUCUCUUAGCGAAGAACAUACACGACGUCCUCUGCUCGUCGUUGCUUCGUCGGAUGACGACCUGGGCACAGACAUGGCAAAGUGGCUAGUAGAGAAUUAUCGUAAUUCUCAGCUCAAGUGGGUGCCAGGUGGUCAUAUUUCGACGACGUAUCAUGCAAGGGCUAUCUGGAGGGAGUUUAUGGGGGAGGUUGUAGGAACCAAGGAUGCCGUAUCUCAUCCUUGAAUAUGCUAAGCAGCCGCCUUAUCAUGAUUGAUGUUUUAUCUAGUGUUGUUAUUCUUCGUGCUCUCGUCUAGUGAUUAUAUACAA